UUGACAAGCUUUCGAAGAGAGAAGUUGUAUAUUGACCACUGAAAGUCUUUCGACGCAUUACGCAGUUUCAUAUCCUUCGUUUACCUCAUAAAAAGAAAAAAAUGCCGGCCAGCGAAAACAGACUAAAAACUUACAAAAACAAAGGCAGGGAUGCUGAUGAAAUGAGGAGACGUCGAACAGAUGUUUCGGUUGAACUUAGAAAACAAAAGAAAGAUGAUCAAUUGCUAAAAAGAAGAAAUGUAGCUCUUGAGGACGAAGAUGAUGCAACUAGUCCUUUAAAAGAUAACUCCAAUAAGGGUCCUGGCUUGACACUUGUGGAGAUAAUAGCUGGGAUAAACAGCAACUCGCCUCAAACCCAGAUGCAGUGUACACAGGCAGCCAGAAAACUUCUCUCUAAAGAACGAAACCCACCUAUUGAUGACAUAAUUAAGGCUGGAGUUAUACCCAAAAUGGUGCAAUUUCUAGGUCAUAAUGAUAGACCAGAACUACAGUUUGAGGCUGCCUGGGCCCUGACGAACAUUGCCUCAGGGACCAGUGACCAGACUAAGUGUGUGGUGAAGGCUGGAGCAGUACCAAACUUUGUCAAACUCCUCUCCUCACCCCACCACAAUGUGUGUGAACAGGCCGUCUGGGCUCUGGGAAACAUUGCAGGUGAUGGUCCUGACCUGCGAGACUUUGUUACCGAAUCUGGUAUUGUUGAGCCAUUGUUAAGACUGAUAGAAACAGACACACCUGCUGGAUUUUUGAGAAAUAUCACAUGGACCUUGUCCAACCUAUGCCGAAACAAAAACCCACCUCCCAAGUUUAAGGUGGUACGCCAGUUUCUGCCAACAUUGGCAAGAUUACUUCAUCACAGUGACAGAGAGGUCCUGACAGACACCUGCUGGGCACUGUCUUAUCUUACAGAUGGAACAAACGACAAAAUACAGGAAGUUAUAGAUAGUAAUGUUGUAACAAGACUGGUAGAACUCUUAAACAGCAAUGAGGUAUCUGUGAUAACGCCAGCCCUGAGGGCCAUAGGAAACAUCGUCACCGGAGACGACACCCAGACGCAGUGCAUUCUGGACCACGGUGCUCUCCCUGCAUUCCACAACCUCCUAAAACACCAUAAAAUCAACAUCCAAAAAGAGGCAGCCUGGACUAUUUCUAAUAUUACAGCAGGAAACACACAGCAGAUUCAGCAAGUCAUAGACCAUCAGCUGUUGCCCCCACUCCUCGAAAUACUCAGCAAGGGAGACUAUAAAAGCCAGAAGGAGGCUGUUUGGGCGGUGACAAAUCUGACAUCAGGUGGUACGGUAGAACAGAUAGCCUACUUAGUACAGCUGGGAGCCAUUAAACCUUUGUGUGACCUUCUCACAGUAAAGGAGGCCAAGGUCAUACUUGUCAUUCUGGAUGCCCUCUCAAAUAUACUGAUGGCUGCUGAGAAGUUGAACCAGCAAGAUGUUGUGUGUGUGAUGGUGGAGGAAUCAGGAGGCCUAGAUAAGAUAGAAAACCUUCAGAACCACGAGAAUGAGCAUGUUUACAAGGCAGCACUGGAACUCAUCGAGAAGUGGUUCUCUGGAGAGGAAGAAGAUGAGAAUUUGGCCCCCACAACCUCAGAGGGCGGUGCUUACCAAUUCAAUGCUGCUGCCACCAUUCCUCAGCAAGGCUUCUCUUUCUAAGCUGAACAUGUGAUGUUUUAUUGUGAUAUACUCAAACUGAGACUAAAGGAAUAAGGGAAUCCCCUUACCCCCAAUAAAACGGGUAGGGGAAGUUACAUAUUAAUCAGUGCUGCUCACAAAUGGAUCUCUAGAUAUUCUUGUGCAAUCAUGUUAUUAAUAAGUUUCAUUUACAUUUAGCUUAACUGUGUGAAUGAAGGAUUCAAAAAUGAUGAUGAAAGUGCUAGAUUUGAAUGUUAUGUGAAAGUUCCUUUAGUCAUUUUUGAAAAUGAGCAUAAUUUUGAUUUUUUUUUAAUUUGGUUUCAUGUUACUUAUACAUCAAAUGUGCUUGUAUUUCUACUAUUAUUUAAACAUUAAGUUUUUGUUUCAGUUUUAGACUUUCAUUCUAAAUGAAUUAUGAACUUCUAUUCUCACACUUUCUUCUCUAUCUCUUCUCUCACUCAUUUGUUGAUGACAAUGUUAUGUACUAGGGAUGUUUCAGAAAGAAUUGUUUUUAAAGAAAUGUCAUUAAAAUGAUUGGUACAUAA